AUGCCGCGCGUCGUGCUGGCAUUGCUGGCCUUCGCCGCCGCGCUCGAGCGGCCACUCGGCGUGGACGGCGUCGUGCCCGCACGCGGCUACGUGGCUCGUCGGCCGGCGCUGCCGGCAUGGCAGCUACAACGCCGCCGCGGCUCGUCGUCGCCUCUCCUCUGCGCGGCGGGGCCGGCGGCACAGUCCAAGACGAGCGCGGCGCGUCGGCCGCGGCUGCUGCUCGGUGCGCUCGUCCUCAUCUACGUCUCCAACCAGUGGUGCCGCGCGCUUCCCGCCAGCCUCGUCCGCUUUGGCAGCGACGGCAGUGCGCACGAGUUCAUGAACGUGGCGCUCGAGCUUGACGAGGUGCAGUACGGGCUGCUCUCCUCGUACGCCUUCACCGCCCUCUACUCCGUCGCCUCGCUCGCCGCCGGCGCCGCGUGCGACAUCUUUGCGCGUGCGCCCGUCCUUGUGGCCGCCUCUGCCCUCUGGUCCGGCGCGGCGGCGCUGCAGGGCUGCGCCAGCUCCUACCCGCAGCUGCUCGCCUCGCGUGCGGUGCUCGGCGUCUCGCAGGCGUUCUGCUCCCCCGCCGCCUACCCGCUGAUCGGCGAGGCAUUCUCCAAGGACUCGCGCGGCCGCGCCAAUGCCGUCUACUCCUCCGGCCUGUACAUUGGCUACGCGCUCGCCUCCCUCUCCGCCCUCGCCAACCGACGGAUCGGCUGGCGGGCGAUGAGCCUCCUCACCGCCGCCUUCUCCCUCCUUGCCUCCGCCACCCUCGCCGCCGUCGCCGCCACCUCCCGCCGCGCGACCAUCAACCGCAGCCCGCCGCAAUCGCCGCCAUUGCCAUCGCCGCUGCAGCGGCGGCGGCGGCAGCAUCAGCAGCCGCCGCAGCCGCCGCAGCCGCAGCUGCCGCCGCAGCCGCCAUCGCCGCCAUCGCUAUUGCCACCCGCCGCUGCUGCCGGGGCGGUCGCGUCGCUCGGGCGCGUCUGCGCCACCCGCUCCGCAUCGCUGCUGCUGCUCGCUUCGACGGUACGCUCGUUCUGCGGCUACGCCGUCGGCGCGUGGUCAGUGCCAUUCUUCCGCCAGUGCCACCCGGAGCACGCGAGUCAGUUUGCGCUCGCAAACGGCGCCUUCAUCGCCAUCGGCGGCACCGUCUCGACCAUCGCCGGCGGCUGGCCGUCAGCUGACGGCGCACCGCGGGCUGCUCGUGCCGGCUCCCUGCUCUGCAUCCCCCUCUGGCUGGGCGCGCUGCAGAGCCGCGCGUUUGCUCCGGCGCUCGGUUGCUUGCUGCUCGCCUACCUUGCCGGCGAGUGCUGGUUCGGCCCCUUCACGUCGGCUCUGCAGGGCGCGCUGCCGCAGGACGUUUGGGGGUCGGCGCAGGGCCUCGUCAAUGCGCUGCAGAUCGUGUCCAACGGUUCCCCCCUCCUCAUCGGCGCGCUCAUGCGGCGCGGCGUCCCGCUCCGUAGCAUGCUCACCGUGCUGAUCCCCACCUCACACGCCGUGUCGGCGGCGCUCUUCCUCGCCGCCUCGCGUGCGCGGCGAGAGGAGGAGCGCCGCGCGGCGAGGUGA